GAAAUGUCAACGAUUGGGAGUUUCAAAGGAUUCCAGGCUGUGUCUCUGAAGCAAGACGGAGAUGACCAACCGUCUGAGACUGACCAGCUGUCCAUGGAGGAGGGAGAGCCAGGCAAGGCCCCAGAGCCAAGGCAUAUUUCAAGGCAGCCAAGUGUGACUGAAUCAACACUGUACCCCAAUCCUUAUCACCAACCUUAUGUCUCCCGGAAGUACUUUGUCACACGGCCAGGGGCCAUCGAGACUGCCAUGGAAGACUUGAAAGGCCACAUAGCAAAGACUCCUGGAGAGACCAUUCAAGGCUUCUGGCUUGUGACAGAGAUAGAUCACUGGAACAAUGAGAAGGAGAGGAUUUUGCUGGUCACAGACAAGACUCUCUUGAUCUGCAAAUACGACUUCAUCAUGCUCAGCUGUGUGCAGUUGCAGCGGAUUCCCCUGAGUGCUGUCUAUCGCAUCUGCCUGGGCAAGUUUGUCUUCCCUGGGUUGUCACUGAACAAGAGACCAGGAGAAGGCCUUCGGAUCUAUUGGGGAAGUCUGGAACAGCAGCCCCUCUCUUCCCGCUGGAACCCCUGGUCCACUGAGGUGCCUUAUGCCACCUUCACCGAGCACCCUAUGAAAUACACCAGUGAGAAGUUCCUCGAAAUUUGUAAGUUGUCUGGGUUCACGUCUAAACUUGUUCCAGCUAUCCAGAAUGCCCACAAGAAUUCCACUGGAUCUGGAAGACGAAAGGGACUGAUGGUGCUAACUGAACCCAUUUUGAUUGAAACCUACACAGGGCUGAUGUCAUUCAUUGGAAACCGCAACAAACUCGGCUAUUCCCUUGCCCGUGGGAGUAUUGGUUUUUGAGACUCUU